AUGGUCUCCAACCAUGGUCUGGAACCAGGCACGAGGAUAGUUUUGUCCGACAGCAUCAGGACUCUUGCCAAAUACAUAGGUGGCAUUGUGCAGGAAUGCAAUGUAAAGGAGACUGAACCCAGCGAAUGUGAACAACAUGAUCAUUGGCGAGAUGAUACUGUAGGACAGGAAAAUGACAGCCAAGUUACUGUAGAUCGGGUACAUGGUACCCCAUUGGUAUCCUCCAAUGACAUUGAAUCUGGUCCACAAUUUACGUGGAGUGUUGUCGAAAAGUCUUCCCAGAACGUAAAACAAGAUAAAACCGACAAUUUGGAACAGAGCACCACCGGAAAUGGAGAAUCCUUGCAAAAUCAUGUAGGAGAUGUAAAAGUUGGAGGAUUUCGGCAGGUUCGAUGA